CUUGGUAGGUUCGCUCUGCCCACUGCCAGGAUUUUCCUGAGGUCGUUUAUCGCGCUUUUAUAUUCGUUCAGACGUUUCUUCUUGCAGUCUGCGUUUAACUUUAGAAGAGGAUUAACCGGUAAAACGAGGGGAUCGCGACUAUGCGUAUAUUAAUAAGAAGUUUCUGGUUGGUGGCUCUUGCCCUAAUAACAAUGUCAGAGGCAGACAAAAAUGUUGAAGCACUGCGUUCCGUUGUGGAAGGUGCAAAUCAAUUUAGUUCUUCAUUUUUCCAGACUGUGGUACAACAUAAUCCUGGCAACCUCAUUACAUCUCCUCUAAGCGCAGGUAUUGUUCUUGCUAUGGCUGCUUUUGGAGCUCGUGGAAACACAGAAGCUCAGUUUAGAAAUGUACUUCAUCUACCAACAUCACAGAGUCUUGCCACAUCUGGUUAUCAGUCACUUAUUGAUAAUCUCAAUAAUGUGAAAGACAAUAAAUUGGCUGUUGCAAAUAAAGCCUUCUUAGCAGCAAGCUUAGGUUUGAAACCAAGUUACAAAGAUUUAACAGAAGUUUACUUCCGCUCUGCUUCUCAAUUGGUAAACUUUGCUCAAAAUAAGGAAGCUGCAAAUAUUAUUAAUAGUUGGGUUGAAAAAAAUACAAAUAAUCUCAUUAAAGAGCUUAUAACUGCUGAUAUGCUAAAUGACGCAACUAAAUUAGUACUUGUCAAUGCAGUAUAUUUUAAAGGCCAAUGGAAAGAUAAGUUUGACCCUAAGUUCACUAACGAUAUGGCAUUUCAUACUAGUAAAGUUGAAGUAAGAAAUGUUCCUACAAUGUAUAGAAAAGGUAAUUACAGAUAUGGAGUACUUCCAGAUUUAGAUGCUAAAUUUGUUGUAAUACCAUACAAGGGUGACGAAUUGAGUAUGAUCAUAAUUCUUCCAAAUGAAAUUGAUGGUUUGUCUGAUGUUGAGAAAAAACUACAAAAUACAAGUUUGUCCAACAUUAUAAGUCAAGGGUAUGAGCAAGAAAUAGAAUUAUGGUUACCAAAGUUCAAGGUGGAAAGUAAGCUUCAACUCAAUGAUGUCUUAAAAGAGAUGGGUUUGACUGAUGCAUUUACUCCUCGCGCUAAUUUUUCUGGGAUUGCUGAUGAAGCUUUGUACGUCAGUGAUGUUAUACAAAAGGCAUACAUUGAAGUAAAUGAAGAAGGAAGCGAAGCUGCUGCUGCAACUGAAAUAACAAUUGAAGUUGAAAAGUUACCCAGUUGGACUCCAAUGCAAAUUGAUCGGCCGUUCUAUUAUGCUAUUUAUAAAAAACAAACAGAAAAUCGAGACAUCGUAACGCUAUUCAAUGGACACGUUAAGAAUCCUUAAAAACAUUAUUCUGUGGUUCUGUUAACGAACUCAAAGUCUAAGGACAGUAAUGUCAUAAUUGCAAUAUCAUAGUAAUGUGAUAAAUACUUCGUAUCCUUCGUAGUUAUAGGCAUUCUAAUAAUAGCUUGUGUCGCAAUAAAUGUAUUGUAUUCGCUUAAAA